AUGUUUGAUGAACGUGAACUCGCUGGUCUUACUGACCAACUUAGCGACUACAUCCUAACUAGUCAACAUCAUCGUGAUGGCCAGGAUAAACUGGUCAAUAACUUCCAGCAGCUGAUUACCGACUAUCGGCAGCUGCGAAGCGACUACGAAGAGGAGAAAGAGUCACGCGAGAAGUACAAGCAACUGGCCCGUGGUCAGGAGCGGGAUCCUUUCGUGCUGGUUCUGGUCGACGGAGAUAGUUAUAUCUUCCGCGACCAAUACAUCAAAGCCGGUACCAGCGGUGGCGUAAGCGCUGCCCAGGCCCUGAACAACGGCAUCAAGGAGAUGCUGCACUCACGCAUGUCUCCCGACGAAGCUGACCAGUGUCGAGUCAUGGUCCGCAUCUAUGCCAACCUGGCCGGACUUUCCAAGGCCCUGGCCAAAGCAGGACUCGCCGGACAGGAGGCUCGAUCGCUGGCACCAUUUACGUCCAGCUUUACGCGAGCUGGGGAGUUGUUCGACUUUGUAGACGCGGGCGACAAAAAGGACGCCGCGGACUUCAAAGUUCGAGAAAUGUUCCGCCUUUUCGCCGACAACAGCCAGUGCAAGCAUAUCUUCUUUGCAGGCUGCCACGAUGUCGGCUAUCUCUCGGUGCUCACCCCAUACCGGGGCAAAUCCGAUCGAGUCACCCUGCUCAAGGCAGGAGCUUUCCACUCCGAGUUCUCCAGCCUGGAUCUACCGGUUAGGGAGCUACGGACCUGUUUCCGGUCGACGCCUCUGCCGGGCAUCGUUUCUACUUCUCCUCCAAAGACCCUUGGCGCUACUCCUGGUGUGAAGAAGUCCUGCGCAUAUUAUCCAAAGGGCUCCUGCAAGUACGGGGAUAGCUGCUUGAACGAGCAUGCCGCAAACCCGGCCAACCCCGAAAACCAGGAGAACUCGGAGAAGCCGGAGAAGGUGGAGAAGCUGGAGAAACUGGAGAAGCUCGAGAAGCUCGAGAAGCCAGAAAAGCCAGAGAAGUCUGAGAAGUCUGAGAAGCGACUGACUGGUUUAAAGCUUCUCGACAAGUACCCGGCCCUCUCACUCCGCUCGACUUCCGGAACCCUCGCCAUCUCCAAGCCCUCGGCCGUGCUCCCCAAGACCCGGCCCAUCGACGCUUCUAUCCAGGGAAAGAUUAUCCCCGUCAAUAAGAACGGCGAUCGGCUUGAAAUAUUUUUGGAGAAGCCCAGCAUAGAGGCAUGGAAGGCCUACAACUUGCGCAAGGAAGAGCACAAGGUGUGCAACAGCUACCACCUGUCGGGACACUGCGAGAUCGGUCCGGACUGUGAGCUAGACCACCGUGAGCUCAGCCCGCUGGCCCUGAUGACACUGCAGCACAUUCUGAAGAAGAACCCCUGCGUUGUGGGUUCCGCAUGCCGUCACCCGACCUGCUAUGUCGGACACGUCUGCCAGAUUGAUGACUGCCAGGGGGGUUCUGGCUGCCGCUUUAAAGCGGAUAGGCAUAUACAGAACUUCGACUUUAAGGUAGCCAAGUGGGUAGAGCCGGAAGCUACUCCUGCUCCUCCUCCUGCUGCUGCUGUCCCUCCUUCUACUGUCCCCUCUGCUGCUGUCUCUCUUGUUGCUGAUGCCCCCCCUGCUGCGAUUGCUCCUGCUACGGCUGAGUCCGGUGUAAAUAACAGCCCCGGCGCCAUUAUUCUACAGGAAAACGUACCUGGAGUGCCCGCGGCCAAUGUACGCCGCCCUACCCGUUGUAUUCUAGACGAGGAUAUGAUCGACAUUCAGAGUUUCUGA